UCAAGUGAAGGGACCCCUGUCUUUGCCGUCGCGCCGUACGAGGCCAGCGAGAGCAUCGUCUUCGAAAUGAGUUCGCUCGGACCGCCUGACCCCUCGCCAUCGAGACCCCUCUUUCCACGAUGGCGGCCUUGACAUCCAGCGCUGAAUCCUUAGGACGCUCAUGUCCUCUUCAUUCCUCACCCUUCCAUCCACUGAUACCUCACUCCAAUCAGCAUGGCCAAAGACUCUGACGCUCUCUCCUCGACCUCUGACCCUAGCAAGAAUGGCGGCCUGGCAGGCAAGAUGCGCCGCAAACUCAGCGUCAAGAGCAUGAAGACUAAGGGGGACAGCGGCGCAUCUGGUGACGAGUCCGAGACGUCGGCCCAGCGAUCUGGCAUUCUUCAGCGCCGCCGUAGCAAGGCAUCGCUGGGUAAAAGCAAGCAGCGCAACGGCGAUGGCAAUGAUAGCGACUAUAGCGCUGCAGGUACGCCAGCUCCUCCAACGCCCGUGACUCCAGCGUAUCCGACGCCCAAGAAGGCUGCGCCCUCCAAUGGGAACGGAGCUCCUGCAACGAUGCCUGUUCAGCAGCUCGAGAUGGGCCCUAAGGUGCUCGUCUUCUCUCCUGACCAACAGAUGGACGUAAUCCAACAGCAAGUCAAUGACGUGUACAAGGCGCAAGUGGACAAUCAGUUCGGCGCAGAUCGUUGGGCGCUCCUCUUCCUCCCCGGCCGCUACAAGCUCGACGUUAAAGUCGGCUACUACACCACCGUACACGGCCUUGGCGACUCGCCUCAGGACACUGUCUUCGACGGUGCGGUUCGCGCCAAGGCAGACUGGAUGGACGGCAAUAACGCUACUAUCAACUUCUGGCGCGGCAUCGAGAAUCUCACCGUCAUCCCUUCCAUUGCCGAAGAUGAAAAGAAGCUCGUCUGGGCCACCUCUCAGGCCACCUGGGUGCGCCGUGUCCACGUCAUGGGUGACAUGGUACUCUCGGACCACGGCGGCUGGUCGAGCGGCGGUUUCAUCGCCGACUCGCUCGUCGACGGCGUCAUUGACAAUGGCACUCAACAGCAGUACUUUCUGCGCAAUUCGGGCAUGAAGAACUACACCGGCGGAGCAUAUGCACAGGUGUUCGUUGGCUGUCGUGGUGCGCCCGAGGAGAAUUGGCCGAGCAAGCCCUACUCGACGGUCAAGAAGACGCCAGCCGUGCGCGAGAAGCCCUACUUUUCCGUCAAUGAUCAGCAGGAAUUGCUCAUCAACGUCCCUGCGGUGAGGGAGAAGAGCACGGGCCCUAGCUGGAGUGCUGUUGCUACGCCAAGUGGGGGCAAGGCUGCGAGCGCCACUACGAAGCAGAUCCCUGUUGCUCAGUUCCACAUUGCGACCCCUACGGGCGAGACGAGUCGCACGCUCAAUGCCGUUCUAGCCAAGGGCCAGUCGAUCCUCUUCACACCGGGCAUCUAUCAAUUGGAUAGCGCACUCCAAGUCACGAAGCCGGACACGAUUCUCCUAGGCAUGGGCCUCGCCACGCUCAAGCCGAUGAACGGUACGCCGGCCAUCAACAUCUCGGACGUGGAUGGCGUCCACCUCGCUGGCUUGCUCCUCGACGCAGGCCCGCACAUGUCGUCGACCUUGUGCAAAGUGGGCGAUGCCAAGUCCCCAAAAGAUCACAUGGCAUCGCCUACCGUGCUGAGCGACGUCUUCUUCCGCGUGGGUGGGGCUGGGCUGGGCAGGACGGCGAGCAUGUUGCAGGUCAAUCUCAAGGAUACCAUCUUGGAUAACACGUGGCUCUGGAGGGCGGAUCACGGUAGUGGAGUGGGGUGGUACCUCAACCCGUGCAAAAACGGCAUAAUCGUCGACGCAGACGAUGUCAUCUGCUACGGCCUCUUUGCCGAGCAUUGCCAGGAGUAUCAAGCCCUCUGGAACGGAGAACGCGGUCAGGUCUUCUUCUACCAGAGCGAAUUCCCCUACGACGCUCCCAACAACGAAGUCUGGGGCCACGGCCGGAUCAAGGGCUACUCAAGCUACAAGAUCGCGCCGGCUGUCAAAUCGCACUAUGCCACUGGCUUAGGCAUCUAUUGCGUGUUCCUAGUAGACGACGUCGUAGCCACGACGGCUAUUAGCCAGCCCUUGUCGAGCGGGUGGCACGACGUGAAAGACUGCUUGGUGCGCCACGCCACUAUCGUGCGAUUUGGCGGCAACCCGGGAACCUCGAUUGAGAAUGUGAUCAACAACCUCGGUGGCGAAGCGUCGGAGCACCAAAAGAUGUCGAUGCUCGAGAGCGCGUAUUGAUACGACCGGGUCAAGUCUUCUCGCCCUCCUCACCGUCUGUUCGUGUAUUUCGCCUCCUCUCAUGUUUUGUCAACGAGCGGCAAUUGCUCCCCCAUUCUUGGGCCGUAUUGCUGCGAUCUGAGUGAGCAAAUGGAUUGUCCCGCCCUACCAUUACCUAUCAUGGCACGGCACUCGUCCGCAACUCGCGCGAAAGUCUUCCUCGGGUCGU